GUCAAUUGCGCUUUAAGCUUGCUUUUGUAGACUAAAUUCAUGACUUGCAUAAAUCGACGUUUUUUAUAUAACCCUAACAAAAUGAUGUUUGAUGAAUAUAUGUAAAUGUUUCCUUAUGAAGUGUUAUUUUCUGGGGAACAAAAUUUAUUACAAUCUGAACAAUAUAAUUUGNGUUUAUCAUCUCUCUUCCUCUCUCCCAAUUCCUCUCCAGCAAACCCUCGUUUUUUUUGGCUCCCGUCUGCGCCUUUCCACCACGGGUGCACCGCACCCCACCGAUUCGACCAUCUCGUAGGCUGGAGCGAGCUCCCUAGCGGGUCUUUAAUCCACUAUUUGCGUGGUGCUUCAUCUUUGUCUCGAUUGGCCAUAGUAGGGUUUUUGUCGAGAUUCGACGGUACGCCGACAAUGGCGACGUAGCGGGCCCCAGCUGCUGUCUUGCGGAGGCUGGGUAUGAUUUAGAGGGAAUUUUAAACUCGAACCAGAAAACGACAUGAGUAAUGCACGAACUGCUUUCUCAUACUGUGUCCAACAAGUACGGAACUAUGAUUAUCACCACUACCUUUGCCUUCUCGAGCUUCCCUUAAACAUGAGAAGAUCAGCUUUCGCACUCAGAGCUUUUAACGUCGAGACAGCUAGGGCCAUGGAUGUUGCUUCCGACCCAAGAAUCGGCCUCAUGCGCCUGCUCUGGUGGCAGGAAGCCAUUGACAAGAUAUUUUCCAACAAGUUAGUCGAGCAUCCAGUGGCUCAGGCGUUAGCCUCUGUGAUAUCCGAGCAUAAGUUUAGCAAGAGCUGGCUCAAAAGAUCUGUCCAAGCUAGGAUAGAUGAUGCAAGGCGAGAUGUUUCUAAUAUUCCAGAGACUAUAGAGGACUUGGAGAGGUAUGCUGAGGACACCAUGUCUACAAUUUUGUACUCAACACUCGAAGCAGACGGUUUUAUCCUUUCCCCAAAGGCCAAAGCUAAUAAUUCUGAAACAGAUGGUAUCAGGUCUACAGCAGCAGACCAUGCCGCAUCACAUAUCGGUAAGGCUAGCGGGCUUGCUUUGCUGCUUAGGUCUCUUCCAUACCAUGCUGGGCGAAACCGUCAUUUUUUAUAUAUACCCGCUGACGUGGCGAAAAAGCAUGGCCUGCUCGUGAAUAAGUCGGAAAAUCGUAUAGAUUCUCGUGAGGGGUUGUGCAGUGCCGUGUAUGAGAUGGCAUCUGUUGCCAAUGCACAUUUACAGAAAGCCCGUGAGUUGGCCGAGACUGUGCCUGUUGGGGCCCGCCCGGUGAUGCUGCCAGCUGUGCCAACACAGUUUGUGUUGGACACAUUGAGACGUGUGCAAUUUGACGUUUUUGACCCUAGGCUGGCUCGAGGUAUUUUGGGGAUAACUGGAACAAACCUCGAGGAGCAACUGAAGAUGCUUGCUGGCAUUUUGUUUGAGAAGAUGGCUUGCAAGCAAAAUCAGUAGAAACUCACUUGAAGGCUGAAGCGUCGAAAAAUAAAAGUACUUGGGUUUUGCGUAUUGCUGUUUGUCGAAGAGAUCUCUAUUCAACAGGCAUAUUAUUGAAUCCUUGUAAAGAUUUAAUCGUCGCACCAUGCCAUUAAUUUUUUGUGUAUGUUUGUUAUCACUUCACGGCAGACGGUUAACAAUGUUACGACUCUUACCGGCCAGUAAGGACUUUCAACCUCUGUCCAAGAAUAAAGACUACUACAAUACUAAUUAAGCUAUGGUGUUGUAAUUUGAGUAGAAAACAAUAUGUUUACCAUAAAUGCAAGAACUGUUUUAGG